CAGAGGGGGAGGACUGUGUGAUGCCCUCCUCUCUAUUUACCAGUAGUGCUAUUUGACUUCAUAAUAGGUGUCCUGGGCUUCAAUAGAGUCUGACUUUCCUUAUGAGUGAAAGUCAGUGUACCUCAUUCGAUCUCUUUCUUCAUACGACUCCCGAGUUGUUCCAAAACAGCCGUGUGGACUGAACUGUGAAGAGUGAGAGUAUUUACAGUCAAAGCGAAGGAAAAUCAUUGUAACCCACUGCCUCAGUUUUCAUUGUAUUCAGUUAUUGAUAUGUUUUUUCGGGAACUGCAGCGGAAAGUGCACAACAUAUUCCCCAACACGUCGUCAGUGGGUUUUCUGCCAAUGAAAGAAGCGUUCAGAACACUUCAGUAAAAAGCCUGCCGUCGUCGGCCAAUGGGUUUUCCACUUCCCCAAAUAUCAAUGGAGGAACACGGCGAGGAAGUGUUCGGACGGUGGUGCAUCGGAUAUGAUCACAUCAAAUGCAUUAGAUAUCACUUCGCGGCCACCCCACUUCACUUCCUUGAUCUGGAAUAGGAGAAGCCUUACCGUCACUUUGGACUGUGUGUGACUCUGUAAGACUAGAAAGCGAAGAGGAAAGGGGAUGGGUAAUAGUGAAUUCGGUUAACCUCGUCACCCGGUGGAUCCACUCCUGGAAGCCAGAGAGUCAGUCGUAGCUCGGGUACCCGUAGAGCUCCCCCACCCCCGCCUCCCUUCGCCCUCGCUCAUCGGCUGCGGCGCCCCCUACCAGCACCUUCCAGAGCAUCCGAUUCAGCACCGUCAGCCAGCGCCUCAGUUCACGACGCAAGACAUCAUGACGAAACACCUAGCUUAGACUGUGGAGAGAACGGGAUGGCGGCAGGUGAUGGCAAGUGCCGGGGUCAACAUGAGGUCAAGUGCGGCGGCGGCAGCGGCAGCGGCAGCGGCGGCAGCAGCGGCGGAGCGCGCCUUCAGCGGUCUCUCUUGGCCCUCCCCACCCUCCUCCUCCUCCUCUUCCUCAACUCUUUCCUCCUCAUGCUGCUUCCCCGAGUGGAUGCUCACGCAGACCCCCAACCCGAAGACUGGCUGUUGGUUAGCGAUGAGUCAGGCGUGGAUGGAGAGCUCGACUCAUACUCAACUAAGGAACCAAAAUGUGACCGCAAAAUUGUGAGCAGUGAAAACGGGGUGACGAAAGGCGAGAUCGAGGCUCCAGAACUGGUGAACCCGGAGAAACAUGGCCGCCACUGCACCUUCACCUUUGUGGCGGGACCUGGCGAAAGGGUUCGGAUCCAGUUCCACAGGUUCAGCCUGCGCGGAACGCCCCCCGACGGAUCAACCAUUGGAGUGACACCGGCAUGUAGCCACGAGUACCUCGACAUGUAUACCGAGAUCAAAGACCCCAAGAACGUGGACCUCCUGAACACGCCCUUCGGAGGCCGAUAUUGCGGUCCCAUCGGUCCUCGCCUGAGGAUCUCCCUCUACAGCACCAUCAUUAUCAGUUUCUACACAGACUUGGUCAACACGACCAGCGACCUCUUCCUGGCCUCCUACGAAUUCAUCAAUGGUUCAAAAUACAUCGUGGGGGAUCCGGUGCCGGACACCCUCUGCGAAUUCGUCAUCCACUCGGACUUCAAAAAGAACGGGCAGUUCAUGACCCCGACCUACCCGGGCAUCUACCCGAAGAACAUCAGCUGCUACUACAAGUUCAUCGGGAGAAAAGGCCAGAGAAUUCGCCUCGAGUUUAGGGACUUCGAUCUCUUCUACGGUGGAUCACACUGUCCGUUCGACCAAGCGAAGAUGUUCGACGGACCUGACCACAUAUCAUCUCCUCUCAUCGGGACGUACUGCGGACAGCAGCGGAACCUGGUCAUCUUCAGCACGGGCAGCACUCUGCUCCUCACCUUCACCACCAUAGAUAGAACAGCAGACUCACAAAAUAGAGGCUUUAUGGGGAUUUUCAAUUUUUCUGAAAGUUACGUUAAACUAGAUUUUAUAGGCAAAGACGAUUCUGAGCACAUACGAGGGACGGAGUGUGAUCAGCGCAUCUUGAGCAAAAAGGAGUCCAACGGGACCGUGUAUAGUCCCAACUAUCCCUUCCCGUACCUCCCCAACGUUGUUUGUCGUUAUUUCAUAUACGGGCUUCAAGACGCCCAAAACCUAGAACGAGUCAAGUUGCAGUUUUUUGAUCGAUUCGAUAUACCUGCCGAGCUCAAAGAUGGCAAAAAUUCUUGGUCGAAACUUUCCAGUUGCUCAGAUGGAUACCUGAGGAUAUACCUGAAGGGCCAAGAGACAGAAAACGCCUACGAUCAGCCCGACGAUGAAUUUUGCGGCAAAACGUUACCAAAGACCGUUGUAUCCUCUGGACCCAGAUUAGUCAUGGUCUUCAGUUCAGGAAAAUAUCAAGGAGGAAGAUUCAAAGCUGUCUACAAGUUCGAAACAGAGUACAUGAUACCCGGCACUGCUUCCCCGGAUGGGAAGUGUAUCUUCACCUACUACAGCUCCAGUCGCAAGACCGGGGCCUUCAACUCCCCGAGGCACCCCUCCAACUACCCGUCCAAUACAAUCUGCCAGUACACAUUCCAGAGCAACCCCGAAGAGCAAGUGCGACUCAUUUUCGAUCAGUUCACGGUCCACAGUGAAAAAGACAACGUCACUUACGGAACCCACUGCCAAGAGGACUGGGUCGAGAUCUACAACGUGUACAAGCCCCAAGGAGACAAUAUGGAGCGACUGAGGCUGAACGGCCGCUACUGUGGAUUCUCCGCCCCGGGUCCCACCGAGAGCGAGCAGGACGCCGUUGGUUUGAGGGUCAUGCUGAGAACUGACGAAGAAAAUGUCAAGAGUGGUUUCCUCGCCGAAUACAAGUUCAUCAAGAAGCAAAAAACUGUAUUCAAAGACUGCGGCUGCAACAUCAGCAACGCCGAGUACGGGAUCAUCCACUCUCCUCACUGGCCGCAGAAGUAUGACGGACCUGAUCGUUCCGGAGGCGCUUUCUCUUGCAACUGGUUCAUCCACGUUCGACCCUACCACAAAAUCCUUCUGUGGUUUCAGUUUUUCUCUGUUGAAGGAAACCCAGCAGAGCGAGGAUGCCCAGCGGCCGUGGUGAGAGUGUGGCCAGACUUGGACAAGGUCCCCAUCGAGCUGUGCGGGGAGAAGCUGACGAAUGAGGCGGCCGUCUUCAUCUCCAAGUCGUCGUUGAUGAGGGUUUCAUUUCUCACUGCCGACAGAGCAGUAGGUUCAAAAGGAUUUGAGGGAAUAUGGACGGAAAUUCAAGACAAUUUCCUCCCUUCAGGCCCGAAGUGCGAACAGUUCCUGUGCUCCGAGAACAACUUCUGCAUCUCCAAGAACCUCCGCUGCAAUGGCGUCCCCAACUGCGGCGUCGGCGAUAACUCGGAUGAAAAAAAUUGUGUAAAAGACACUGAGGUCAAUGUCUUAAUGUUGGUGGGUGUGGGCCUAGGCAUUUCUUCAGUGCUGCUGAUAGUCAUGUGCAUCUGGUGCCACCGGAAGCGGGUGCGUCGGCGAGAGGACGGGUCGCUGCCUCACCACGUGCACGUGUGCGAGCGCGGCGCACGAUUUGCCUCCGUGGACAGUGUAGGCCACAGCGGGUGAUCGAAGUCUGUCGCCUGUACUGGGAGCUCGCAAAGCCCACCACCUCAGCCGAACCUCUUUACGAACAGAGACGGUGGUCUGAGACUACGCCCAGCAUCACCUAUCAAGUGGGCUGUCCGCCUCCGGGGGUGAUGCUGAGGAAUCGCGAGCCACAACGCCCACUGCAUCGUCGCACCACGAGCUCCUCAUGAAAUGAGCGGCAAAAAUUCAUCUUGUGUAAACAAACGUCUGUCCAUGAUUCGUCAACAGGGGAAUUAGAUGACUGUCUAACACUGGUACAAAAAACAAAAACAAAAAACAGUAGUGAACUGGAGGUGUGAAAAUGCACAAAGGUGGAAUGCGUUAUUCAAAGAAAUCACUUGGAAAGGUUAUAAGUUUUCGUCAAGGAAGAAAAUAGAUGCAUUUCCUUUAUUUCAAGGGUACGAUCGUAGGCCGAAUACAGUUUUGUUCAUGAAGACUUCGCCUCCAUGUCAACUCAUUUCCGGUUGCUUGCAUUCCUAAAAUGUGAAUUGUUUCAUUUCCAGGAAAUUAACGUAAACCUAAUUUACUACAGUGUCUGUGACUGAAGCUACCCAUAUAGUAUAACAGUAACGAAACAGCAAGUCGAAGAUUCUGCUGAGAAUUCGUCGAGACACGAAAAAGGACUUGAUUUUCAUGGCAUGUUGAGUUAACAAUGGAAUCCCACAUUGACUCCACAUUCUGUUGUGUUACUGUUGUCCUCUUGAACUGUGGUCAACAGCUGACUUUUAGGAUGCGACUAUCGGCACACUAACACUUGGGUGGCAGCUUUCUUGAUGAACAAAACUUGUAGAGUAGCUACUGGUAGAUUUUUCCUUAAGUAAUAAGAGAGUAUUGCAUUAACCAAAUUACAUUUCGAACAUUGGUUAGGUGAUGCACAGUUAGCAUUUCUAUAUUUGAAGAAAAUGUCUGUCUUUGGAUGCACCUUACUCCCAUAAAAGUGGUCAAUUUUCCAAGCAAAAAUCAAUGUUACAGGUGCUACACGGUGCGACUGCCAGAAAGGGUCAAUCAGUUAUUUUGUUGUGCUAUGAACUCAAAUCUCCACUUUAGAUAGCACGAGGAUUGUUGAUGAAAGCAACAGAAAAUUCAAUCUUAUGUCAAUUUUUUGAAAUUUUUAUAAUGUUGAGACUGCAAAUAUGAUUUUCUUUCCACGCAAGAAAAACGAGGCGAUGAUCCCGACCAGGGUUAAGUUGAACCCUUAAUUAACGUGUUAUUGUAUCCUACUUGACAAUGAACGAAGAGUAGCUAACAUUGUGUCGGUGUUUGAAAUUCAAAUACUACUCGGAACCGAAAGCAAAAUAGACGGGCAUUUCAUGACGCUUGAUGAUGAUGACCUCCGCAAACAGAAAAUGUUCUCGCCUAAGAAAGUGGUGUUCAUUAGACAUGAUGAGGUCACCAAGGACUCUUUAUAGACGUGUGCUCAAUAUCAGAUAGGAUAAGAAAAAGUCUAGUUGUUGUGAUGUUAAUAUGAAAUUAUUUGUUCAGAAGUCAUUCUUGUUCAAAACAGAUGUCCAGAGGAUCUCAUUUCUUUUCUGUGUGUCUGUUUGUGUGUGCUUUUGACCAGUCAGUAGUGAAGCACAGUAGGCCUCUCUUUGCUUGUAGACUCAUCCAGUAAACCCCAUAACAAAGACGCGGUCUUGUGCCUCACUACUCGCUUAGCUCUAGCUAUUAGUUGUUCAUCUGUUCCAUUCGGAUCUUUUCUGUUCCUUUCAGUACUUUAAGAGGACGAACUUGUUAAGUUUAAAUAUAGUUUUGUAAUAGAAGUGACCUAUUGGUAAUACUUGUGAGAUCGACUCGUUGUUUCGCCCACAGGAAUUAUCAAUACCGUUGACGUAAUAUCCACACCUACAAAGAGACUCCCUUUUCGGGAGUUGAUGUACGUAUGUACUCGAAGCCUGGCUGUGUCAGGUGGCCAGCUCAUGGUCAAAAAGCUGCUGGUAUCAUUCAUGAUAUAAUUAAAUAACUGUAAUUAUUACUAAGGUCUUCCCCCUGACAAGGAAUCACGUGAGCUGUCGAAACUUAUUUGAUUCCUGGCACAGGUCUUGACAAACUUCAUAAAGCGGGUUUAUUGGUGUAAGAAGUAGCUCAAACGAUGACUGGCUGAUCAUUGUGCCAACUCGAACGGGAAGUUGGAGGGAGAGGAGGAGGAGGAGGAGGAGGACGUUCAUCCUCAAGCGAAAAUACUACUACUAUGCCACCACAGGCGACUCGAAGAAGAAGACAACAGUUACUGCCGAGUGAAUAGUAAUUCUUUGGUUCAAGAAAUCCAAGAUGAUUUAAAAGGGGGAUGCAUUCAUUUGUGUUAUGAACAAUAUAUUUAACCUUCAA